GUGCUUGCCUGUGCUACGCCCCUCCCACAGGCGGGUGUGGGUGAAGGCCCAGCAGUCCUGGCUCACCGAGCCCCUGGAGUUUGUGCUACAAGACACGGGCCUCCCGAGAAUACCGCUGGAGGUGGCAGGGUCUGUGCGUACGAGCUCUUGUCGCGCCAGAACCCCAAGGCCGGAAGCCAAGCAACGCCAUGACCGGUCCCCUGCGGUCGGGACCAAGUAGCUGGCGGCGGGCGGCCACCGUGGUGCUAGCGGCGGGCUGGACGCACCCGGACCCCGCUGCCCGAUCGUUGACCCCGCCGCCCGCGGAGGGCUUCCGGCUGCUGCUGCUGCAGCGUUCCACGCGCCAAGGCUUCCUGCCCGGGGCGCAUGUCUUUCCGGGCGGCAUACUGGACCGGGCCGACAGCUCCCCCGACUGGCUGCGCGUCUUCGCGCCACACCACGGACCGCCGCGCUUCAGCCUGGGACCCUCACCGCCCCCGCGCAGAGCCUUCCCGGUGCUGCCCUCUGAGGGAACACACGCCAUGGAGGGGGCGCUGCCUGAUGACGUAGCCUGCCGCAUCUGCGCCAUCCGGGAGACCUUCGAGGAGGCUGGCGUGCUACUGCUGCGGCCCCGGGGCUCGCUAGCCGCAGAGCCGGAGCUGGCCCGCGCCUUCCCACCGCCCCCGGACCUGGCGGACUGGCGUGCCCGUGUGCGCCGCGACCCGCAGCACUUCCUGCGCUUGUGUGCACACCUGGACUGCACGCCGGACAUCUGGGCGCUGCACGAUUGGAGCUCCUGGCUCACGCCCUUCCUGCGCGGUGGCAGGCGCCGCUUUGACACCGCCUUCUUCCUGUGCUGCCUGAGCGAGCCGCCGCCGGUCUACCCAGACUUGGAGGAGGUGGUGAACUCCCAGUGGUCAUCUCCGUCAGAGGCAACUGCAAGUUUCAUAUCAAAAGCAAUUUGGUUGGCACCUCCACAAUUCUAUGAAAUAAGAAGACUCGGCAACUUUGCCUCGCUCUCUGACUUGCACAAAUUUUGUUUGGCUCACGCAUUAGAAGGGGUGGAAAGAUGGAUGCCCAUCACAUUAUUGACGGCUGAUGGGCAGAUGCAGCUUUUACCAGGAGAUGAGCUGUACUUGGAAGAUUCAGACUUUUUAGAAAAUCUUUUGUCCACUGAGAAAAAGACUGACGAAAUCAUGAAGGAAGGCAAGAAAUUUCACCGAAUAGUGAUACACAGUACUCAUGUUUAUAGUAUCCAUGUGACUGUUCAGUCAAAGUAUAAACAUGUUUAUCCUAAGAACUAUGUAGUAAGUAAGAGCCAUUUGUAGUGUUGCUUAUUUGUAAGUUGGCCCACUUCACUUGAAAUUGUCCUAAUGAAUAAUGAGGGUUGAUUAGAGUUGGACCUUAACUUUGUGCCUGUAAAAGUUAUAGUACAGUCUUUCAUAUUUCAGGUAUAUUAUGGAGCUCUUGUUUUUUUUUCAUUCUUUAAAACCGUGCUGUGUCACACAGAUAUAAUGUUAUUAAUGAUCUUAUGGAAACGAGAAAAAAAAUUUUAUAAGGUUUUCCACUUCUGUAUUGUUUCAGUAUCAAAAGUUUAACCCAUUCUACCGCCAUUGUCUUUUAAAUGUCCAGUAUAUUAGCGUUUUCCUUGAUGUGCUUAGGAGAUUGAUCCAUGAAUUUCUUAGACUUUAUGCUGGAGUUAAUUUAAGGGUGUUUGAUUACAUGGUGAACAGUAGACUGAGAAGACCUUUGAGUGACAAUAUCAUUAUUUCUCGACAUUAUUUAGCUUGAUGUAAUUAUUUAGCUUGAUCAUUAAGAUACAGUUCUGUUUAAAACCAAAUUGCAUUAGUUAUUAGGUUUACCAAAUUGGAAACCUACCUUAGUUACUAUUUUAAAGAAAUAUGAAUCCAUAACAAAAGUCAUAACUAUUUUUACUCUGGAAUACUACUAGUUAAUGAAACAAAGAACUUAGAGAAAUGUAGAAUUAUUCAUCAUUUAGUGGUGUUUAUUAAUGAUGCUUAUUUUCAGUAUUUUUAAUAUGGGUAAUUUUUUCACCUAUUAAGAAUAAUAUUGUUUAUUGAUUAAAGAUGGGACAUGGUUAAGACACAAAUUAUAUUUCGGGUCUUUGACUAUAUUAUGCAUUGUACGAUAGAUUUAAUUUUUCAUGAAAUGUCUUAUUUUUCUACUUAUAAAAUAGAGGAAUUAAUGAAUAAAAUUCAUGUGUAUUAUUUAAUCCUGA